AUGUUCUUGAUACAUGAAAGUAUACAACCCGGCAUUUCAAGAGGUUGGUACAGCAACUAUCUGUUCAAACUAGAGACAAUGUCUAGUGAGAUUUCUACCAUUCUCGUUCUUAUUGCAGGAGGUCACUCUUCAGGAAAGGAGUGUGGUGCAACUCUUUUAAAAGAACAGCUUCUUUCAAGGUUCAAACAUGACGUACUAAACAUCCAGACGAUUAAUAUGCAAGAUUACAUGUCUGAAUCAGCUGGAUGCGGAUCAAGAGCACCAUUGCAGUUCAACUUUGAUCAGAUUAAAAACGAUUUGACGCAACAAAUGAAUGAUGGAAUCAGUGACGUUAUUAUUCUCUAUGGCCUGUAUGCCCUUUAUGACAAAGAAAUAGUAGAAAUGGCUACAAUUCGUACUUACAUUGAUUGCGACGCUGAUGUCAGAUUGGGUAGAUGGAUCAAACGUGAUAUUCUUCAGGAUGAGAAAGAUGGAGAAAAUGAACAGAAGAAAUUGGAGCUCUUAUUGAACGUUUACCUCAACUAUUCGAGACAUGAGAUGAAGACUUACAUACAAGAUACAAGAGAAAGAGCAGAUGUUAUUCUACCAAGGGGGGCUGAUCCUGUUGGAUUCACAUUAGUGCUGGAUGGUAUACAGCCUUUGUUGAUUAAGAAGCUAGAAAGGAAAACGGUUUCCUUUUCAGAUACAGAGAGUAGUCUCUCUGUCACCCCAAAUAUACAACAACCUCAACGCUCAUUUAGUACAAGCAGUAUGAAUAGAGAAACUGUCAUUAGUCACUUAAAAGAACUAUCCCAAGAGCCAAGUGUUAAGUCUUUAAGCAAUGAUAAUUUUGCAAAUAGUAACAAGAUUUAUUAUGAGCUAAACUAA